CCGGCCUGUCCGGCCGCCCCGCCCCGCGGCCCCGGCCCGCCCCGUCCGGUGGGGCGACUAGCCGCAUGGAGACCGGCUGAGGAGCGCCUCCCGUCUCGGCUUCACUGGUCGCGCCGGAGCCUCCAGGCAGCCAUGGAGGAGGGGGAGGAGCAGCCGCCACAGGAGGCCAGCGCGGAGCCCGCUGCGACCCCAGGAGCUUCGGAGGUGGUGCCCAGGGUGCUUCCCGGAGAAUCCCAGAACCUGUGUUUGUGUCCCCAAGAACACUCAGUGCUGGGCAGCAGGGGUGGACAGCUCCCAACUGACGUGGACGCUUUCAACCUGCUCCUGGAGAUGAAGCUGAAGCGGCGGCGAGAACGGCCCCGCCUGCCCCGCACGGUGACCGAGCUGGUGGCCGAGGACGGCAGCCGCGUGUACGUGGUGGGCACGGCCCACUUCAGCGACGACAGCAAGAAGGACGUUGUCAAGACCAUCCGGGCGGUGCAGCCCGACGUGGUGGUGGUGGAGCUCUGCCAGUACCGCGUGUCCAUGCUGAAGAUGGACGAGCGCGCGCUGCUGCGGGAGGCCCGGGAGAUCAGCCUGGAGAAGCUGCAGCAGGCUGUGCGGCAGAACGGGCUCAUGUCCGGGCUGAUGCAGAUGCUGCUGCUGAAGGUGUCGGCCCACAUCACCGAGCAGCUGGGCAUGGCCCCCGGCGGCGAGUUCAGGGAGGCCUUCAAGGAGGCCAGCAAGGUGCCCUUCUGCAAGUUCCACCUGGGGGACCGGCCCAUCCCCGUCACUUUCAAGAGGGCCAUCGCGGCGCUCUCCCUCUGGCAGAAGGUCAAGCUGGCCUGGGGCCUGUGCUUCCUGUCCGACCCUAUCAGCAAGGACGACGUGGAGCGCUGCAAGCAGAAGGACCUGCUGGAGCAGAUGAUGGCGGAGAUGAUCGGCGAGUUCCCCGACCUGCACCGCACCAUCGUCUCCGAGCGCGACGUCUACCUGACCUACAUGCUGCGGCAGGCCGCCCGGCGCCUCGAGCUGCCGCGCUCCUCCGACGCUGAGCCCAGGAAGUGCGUCCCCUCUGUGGUGGUGGGCGUCGUGGGCAUGGGCCACGUCCCCGGCAUCGAGAAGAACUGGACCACCGACCUCAACAUCCACGAGAUCAUGACCGUCCCCCCGCCGUCCAUCUCCGGCAGAGUGUCCCGGCUGGCCGUGAAAGUUGCCUUCCUGGGCCUGCUGGGCUACGGCCUGUACUGGAUGGGGCGCCGCACCGCCAGCCUGGUCCUGUCCCUGCCUGCCGCCCAGUACUGCCUGCAGAGGGUGUCCUCAGCCCAGCCCAGCAAAUAGGAAGGACCAGGGGCGCCACCGCGGCCGAGGGGCCGCACCAGCUGAAGGGUGCAGGCCGGCCCCCCGAGGAGCUCCUGGAUGCCACCCCCAUGGGGUCCAGCCCAGCCUCACCUGCCCUCCCGACCCACCCAAAUAAAGAAUUAUUUAACUGCUCUGAGCUCAGGCUUCCCAGAGCCCUCCCCCCGGGGCCGUUCAUGGGGUUUGUGGGCGUCAGGGCGAGGGUCAGGGGAGGGGCUGAGGUGCACGCUGCCCCCUGGGCUGCCUGGCGGCGGGCCGAGGUGGGUCACUGCCGGCCAGCCCCUCCCUCACUGUGCCUUCGCGCCGGGCGCCCACGGCGGGAGCGGGCCUCUGGGUUCUGCCGCAGCGUUGGGAAGGCGUGGCCGACCUCGGUGGCCCUGAUGCGCACCAGCACCGCUCUGCCUGCAGAGAUUGUGUGUUUCGGGCUUUUUUAAAAUUCUGAAAUUUUUCUACUCAGGAAAUUUUAACUUAAAAAACUGAAGCAAACGUCAGGAAACACUAGCCUUAUGUCUGGCGUGGACAGAGAAGGUCUCGGCCCUGAGGGGGCAAGUGUGGAGUGGGGUCGGCCUUGGCCGUGGGCCCAGACACGGCCCCUCCAGCUGCCCCUCCGUCUGCCCCCUGCCCAGGGACACCAGGGGCGGGGGCCUGCCUCCUGCACACCUGCUGGGGGGCCCUCCUGCACGCCCACCCCAGGGUGGCAGAGACAGGCUCAAGGUCGGCCGGCCCCGCAUGGCGCUGCUGGCACCUCCGCCAGCACUGGUGCCUGUGGUCACUGGGUCCUGGCUGUCUCUCUGUGCCACAGUCCGUGCAGCCAGCUGGGCCACGGUCGCUUGUGCUGACCCAGUGUCCGUCCAGAUCUGGCGACGCCCUGGCCACAAGCUGGGCGUGGGCGCCUUAUGCCGGACUGCGUCCUCCCUGUCACUCACGCUGGUGUACAUGUUCCCUGGAAAUGAAUAAAAGCUAGUUUUUGAA